AUGGAUGCACAGGUGGCCUUGCUGCUGGUAUGGACGGCUUUAGUCCUGCUGACACAUGAACUGACGUGGGCCGGUGCUGCAGAGGUCUACACCAACACUUGGGCUGUCCAGAUCAACGGGGGGCCACAGGAGGCUGACCGCAUUGCCAGGGAACAUGGCUUCAUCAACCAAGGCAAUAACUGA